AUGAACAUUUCACCUCAUAUCAAACGAAUAAAUAAGGGUAAACCACCUAAAUAUUCUGAGUUAGAGAAGACAAUUUUUAGUUGGGUACAAGAAUUAUGCAGUAAGCUAAAACCCAUAACUCAUGCUAUGGUACAAAUUAAGGCCAAAACACUAUCUCAAAAAUCACCCUAUAAUACUUAUUAUCCUGGUAUUACUGAAAGUAAAUUUAGCAAUAA